AAGAACUCUUGAAAGAAUUGCAGAAAGCUCAAAAAAAGACAUCAAUCGGGCAGUGCUGAAAAAUUUACAAAAAUUGUCAUUCUCCUCAAGAAGACAUAACAUAGAAGAAACGAGUGGCUCAAAGGUCCUAAAUCAAAUCCUGGAGAAAUUUCCGUUCCUCGAUAAUGAAAGAAUUUGUGCUGGAAUUACUUGUUUCACAAGAGCUACCAAAGGAGGAUGUCACUGUUGAGAAGUUUUUGGAGCGUUGGCCACAAAUUGCAAAAUGCUUUCUUGAUGAGGAAAUUGAUCAAGGAUGGAAAUAGUCCUGACGACUACCUGAAGACAUCAUCAUCUAAUUACCCUCAGUUAGUGUGCUACACAGGAAGAGAUGGCAUCCAGGAUCCUACAUCCCAUCAGUGGUUUGUUGUGGUUGACAAAGAAAUUCUUCUGGAGUGUGAAUCACACUUGGGCCGUGCUGUGCAUUUUGCUUUUAAUUUGGAAUACCAUAGUAGUCAUGGAGCCAUGUUCAACUUUAUUCAUGAGCAUGUGCUGAGUAUUUUACCAAAAAGAAAGUCAUAUGCUUAUAGGAAGCUGGAAAACUCUUUUCUCUCCAAGUUACAUUAGUUCUCUCAUGUUAGUUCCUUCAGGAAGUUUUAAGAGAUAAGUGUUCUGUUUAGAUGCUAAGAGACACAAGUAAGUUUAUGUGCGGUGUGAAACGGUCUGUGUCGUUAUCAUCAAAUGACCCUCAGUAUGCUGCACAGGAAGAGAUAGCAUCCAGUAUAUCCUACAUCCUAUCAGUGGUUUGUUGUGGUUGACAAAGAAAUCCUCCUGGAGUGACACUUGUUGCUGUGCAUUUUGAAUUUUUAUUUGAAAUACAGUAGUAAUCACAGAGCCAUGUUCAACUUUAUUCAUGAGCAUGUGCUAGGUAUUUUCCCAAAAAGAAAGUUGUGUGCUUACAGGA